UGUUCUACAAAUCAAUCGAAUUCAACAUGAAGCUGUUUGUUAUCGCCGCUGUUUUGGCCGUCGCUGCCGCUGCCCCUUCCAGCUACAAGCCGGAAUACAAAUCCCCCGCCUACGCUGCCCCAAGCUACUCUGCCCCGGCCUACGCCAAGGAUAACAAAUACGCCGGCAUCACCGUCACCAGCCAAUCUGAUGAGCGCAAUCUCGACGGCAGCAGCCAGUGGAGCUACGCCCAGUCUGACUACAUGACCCGCGAGGAAUCGCAGGUGCAGAAGAAGAUGCAAGGCGUCGCCUACGACUCUUACGGCAAAGCAACUUACGAGGAUGUGAUGGGUAACACCAACAAGGGAUCUUCUUACUGGGUUUCCCCCGAAGGCGAGAAAUUCACUUUGACCUGGGUCGCUGAUGAGCAGGGAUUCAAACCCAAGGGCGACCACUUGCCCGUCGCUCCCGUCCACGUCUACGAACUCCCCGUCGCUCCCGUCCAUGAAUACGAACUCCCAGUUGCUCCCGCUCUCCCCUACAAACGCACCGGACUCGGUUAUUCCGGCACCAGUUAUUAUUAAAUGAUUAAAUUAUAUUAGACCAAAUAAG